GGUCCAGGAGCUUUGUGACCUGUGUGACCUUUCACCCUACUGGGAUCGGUUAAGGACUGAUGUUAUCGCCCACUACAGUCAGCUGAUCAGCACCUACCAGGAAACACUGACAGAACUCAACAAACUGACAGGCUCGUCCUGCUCCUUUAAGGCCAGCUGUAGUAAGAGUGACAGAUAUCUAGAGUUUAUACCUGUCAACCUGCACACACAGAGGAUGCAGGUUACCUGCUCACGGAGAACAGCAGUAUGGUAUGAUGUUGUGACAGUAGGAGCACCAGCUGAUCACUACCAGGGGUUUAAACACGGUGGGCUACAGAGGCUGCUCAACAAACCAGACAGCGACAACAAGAGUGUUAGUGCAGCAUAUUGUUGUAUCUCCUACUCACCAGAGGAGAGCUCCAGAGCCAGGGAGGUACUGAGUAGUGUCUCCCAGCUCCAGCCUCUCAUCUCUGGGCUAACUGAGGAGCUACUGCAGGCUGCUCUGGAAGUCAACUCCCAAAGACUACAGAACAUACUGCACAGCCUGGCACGCAGGACUGAACAGUUUGUUCACGCUCUGAAAGAUGAGCUGGUAAAGAACGCCCUGUUGGCUCUCCACACGGCAAGGCCCGCCUACCACCUCAGCAAUGGACACGCCCAUGUAACCCACGGCAAUGGGACGGGUCCCAGGCUCUCCUCGGCCAAUCAGGACGGGUUACGGCCGUCGAUACGGCGACAGGAAUCCAUCCCCCAACACACGGAGCAUGACGAGGAAGAAGAGUGGGACAGGGUGUGGGCUAACGUUGCUGUGAGUCUGAACUGCAUCAUCGCCAUGGUGGACCGGCUACAGGAGAGGGAGAACAGGAAACAGGAAGUGACCUCACAGACACAGAAUGAUGUCACCACCACCUCACACAACACUGACUCUUCCCGCGCUCCUUGGCAGGUCUCUCUCGCCCCUCUUCCAGACCCGUCCCCUUCGUGGCAAGAGCAACUCCUCCCUCUAGUUGUGACUCUGAAGGAGUGUGUGAGUGAUGCGGUGGAGAGGGCCCGGUGUGCUAUGACCUUCGUCCUCCUACAGGGGGGCAGCAGCAUCAGCCUGCCACGGUCGGCCCUGACACACAGACGAGAUGCUGUCUUCAGCCAGGCACUGUGUGCGGUGGUGUGUGGGUUUGUAUUGAGGCUGUACUCGGGUCUGGAGGAUAAAGGCUUCCUGCUGCAGCUCUGUGAGGUUGGGCUCAUCACACAGUUUGAAGGACUGCUCAGCACCUACAGUGAUGAGGUGGGUAUGUUAGAAGAUAUGGAGAUAGGAGUAUCAGACCUGAAUAGAGUCUCCUUCAAAAUAACUGAAGCCAAAUCAGAACAACCCACAGAUCUACUGCCCUCUGUCACUGGACUACGGGGUUGUUUUUGUGUGGAAGUCCCCUUGCCAUCGAGACGUACUGUUGUUAGCCAGGGGAACUGAGAGAUGGCGGGACUUAAGAAGUUCACCCGUUCUGUUUAACAUCGGCAUCAACCAGCAACAGAGUCUAGCUGAGAGGUUCGGAGACAGUUCUCUCCAAGAAAGGAUCAACCUCAGAAGCUGUGAGAUGUUGAAGUCCUACUACAAGACCCUGAGAGACAAACUACCCAACUUGACCCUGCCAUGUUCCCGGUCCCCAUUAGCGGUGGAAGGACUUGUUGUGGUUCUCUGGAGCAGUCUGUGGGAGAUGAAGAAGAGGAAGAAUGCUUGAGGUCCUGUGGCUCGCUGCC